AGUUCCUUCAACAAUGUAUCUAAUUUCCGGCAAACAGUUAAUUUUUCGUUCUUGAGUGUCUGCAAAGAAUAAUAUUUUGAAUUAUUUUCAGUAAUUAUAAGUAAAAUUAUCUAUUUAAUUAUUUCAUUUAUGAAAAUAAAAGUGCUCAGUUUCAUAUCUAUUGGUUGAUGUUCAAAAAGAUUAUUGUUUCAAAAUGGCCAACAAGGUUUACCGGCAGUUUCCAAACAUGAAGGGCGUCCGGGAAUGAGUUUAUUUAUUUACAACUAGGACAAUAGAAUUCUCAAGUGUUAACGUUAAUUGUGUUUUUUAAUUAAUAUAUUAUUUAGCACCCCGCCCGAUAGGAGUGUCAAUCGUAUUUCGAUACUUGAAUUAUAAAAAGAAAAAAAAACUUGAUUGAUAGUAGUUAUAAUGGCGGUCGUUUCAUAAUGUAUUGAACUGAAAAUAUUCCAGUGAAUUUUUUUUAGUUUUCUACAAAGUUAUUGAAUUAGGAACGAUUUUAAGUUAUAAAAAUGGGUGUCGACGAUCUUCAAACGUUUUUAGAAAGUCCUUCUCUUGAAGGAGGAGCUGUCUCUGUUGAUCUUUUAAAAAUUGCUAGAAAUGUAACACAAAGACAACAACCACAUAAUACGAAUAGGAAAAUUCGACCGAUUGGUAAUAAAUUAAAACUAAUCGUGGAUGCAGAAAAUUGUUUAGACAGACUUUAUGGAGGAUAUUUUUCAGAUUGGGCUUGCGGUGGCCAGUGGAAUCGUAUGGUUCAAUUUUUGUCUCUGUUGACUCAAGCUAUCGAACGUGGUAAUAUUGAACUGGCUGUGGUAUUUAAUGGUACAAUCGAACAAUGUAGGAUUAAUGAAUGGAUUGCGGAACAAGCUAACGUACGGCAAAAAGUCGGUAUGGUAUUGAAGCAUAUCAAUACCAAAGCAACCCCACCUCCAAAAGUAUGGUGGACACCGCCGACUUGCCUUAGAUCUGCUCUUAGAAUGGCACUAAGACAUUUGGGAGUUACCGUGAUGUGUACUAUGGAUGACCAUCAUCAAGAAGUUAUAGCCUAUUGUAGAGAGUACGGAUUUCAUGGUUUGUUGGCAGAUGAUGCUGAAUAUGCUGCAUUCGAUCCUCCUAGAUAUUUUUCAUCUGAAAAUCUCAAGCUGACAUACAAAGGUUCUAUUGAAACUAAGGAAUAUAUGAUAAGCGAACUGACGAAAACUUUGAAAAUUACACAAGAACAAGUUUGUAUCAUGGCAUCUUUGCUUGGUAACUUUUUAUUGCCGGAAACUGACCUACAAGAUUUGUACAAGAAAUUGAAUUUAACUAAAGUUACUGCUGAAAAUGGUCCAGAAAAUAAUAUCAAGAAAUUAGCUGAAUUUGUUAGUAACCUACCAUCGCCGUCUAAUAUGGACGCUCUAGUUGUAGCUGUACUGGGUUCGUUGGAGGAUAAGCGUGCUUCAAAAUUUAGACAAUCUGUACAAUAUUAUUUAAACGGUACUGCCAGCGGGUUUUUGAAAUACUGCACACCUCCGGUUAAAACAAAACCCAAAAAGAACAAUCAAUCGCAACAAAAUGAUACUGCACAUUCUAAAUCUGAAGAUAAUGAUUUGGAUACGUCUGGAUUCGCUUCUGAAACCACCGAACAAGAACGUGAGACUUUACAAAAUUACAAGCAAGCGACGGCGCAUUCAGUAAUUGGAGAAUUCAACGGAUUGGAUAGAGACAUGAAAGGAUCUCCAAAUGAUAAAUAUCUGGACGAUUCUUCUGAUUCUUCGAGAUUCAAUGGCGUUUCUAAUGGUUCUGUUUCUUCAUCUUCUUCAGGGAAGAAUGACGCUGGUAUGUCUUCUAGCAACCAGGCUGCCAAUUCCUCCAAUAAUACUACUACUUCGAAAAGAAUCUCGAAAGCAAAAACAUCAGUUGUAGGUAAUGUAAUUACACCACCAGUAUCCCCGGACGUUUUGCGCACAGCAUCCCUUCGUCAUCAAAAAGGUUUAAUGGCUCCGUUGAUAUUGCACGUAUUGAGCACACAAGAAAUCAGACUACCCUGUUUAAUGGAAGACGAGAGCAACAGGGAUUUCCCGCCCAUUCACGACAUUUACCAACUGUUGAGACAAAGAAUUUACGCGGUUCUAUUCAAUUUACAUCACCUGAGAUACGUACACACCAAGAAAAAAGAAUCCGGGGAUUUGCCGGAAAACGCCCCGCAACCGGAAAUCGUAGUGAAAGAAUGGAUUUAUAGUCGUUCGAAUCCGUACCAACGUCCGGAAGAAGUGAAAGCCGAACCUCUACCUUGGGCAGUACCGACACUUCAACGCCUAUGGUUCGGUCCCUCAGUCGACGACAAAAGACGUAGGAUGCGCGCUCUGUUAUCCUGUUUGAAUUCUGAUACGCCUCUGAUUCUAAAUACGGCUUACGUACCGCAACACAUGUUGAUCAUGGCUUGCGUCUUGAGAUAUAUCAUGUCUCAAGAGAAACCGAUUAUGCGUCGAAACGAAUUGGACGCUUUCAUAUGUCACGCCUUCAAUCCGAACCUCAUGAAUCCGCAAUAUUUGCAAGAAUUGACGUUGAAUGUUGUGACGAGUCGUGGCGUUCAAUUGGCAGCUCUGUUUAUGAAAGGGGUAGAUAUGGCUUUGAUAGCCAACGACGCGUGCGGUGCGCCUCUUCCGUGGCUGAUGUGUUGUCCUUGGUUAUAUUUCGAUGGAAAAUUGUUCCACUAUACUUUAACUAGAUCGGCGCAUGCCAAAAACAUCCUCGAAGUUUGCGAGAACUACAUCGAACGAGUAGUUAAAGUAGAAAGAAUGAGAAAAGCCAUAUUGGAAGGUCUCGAUGUUAAAUUUGCGAAAGUACCCCUGCCGCCGUUCGCAGGACCAACUAUGCUCCGUACGCUGCCCCCUCCGCACGUUUUACCCAAUUUAAAUCUACAAUCGUCUCGAGGAGGAAGCGGAGGAGUUCCGUCCUUACGUCAAAGACCAAUACCGUCUAGGGGUGGUCAACUUCAAGUAGCCGGCGUCGUGGUCGGCUCGUGGGGCGCCAAUUACGGUUAUCAAGGUGGUGUAAGACAAAUGGUACCGGGAGGUUAUGCGGCUAGAGGUGGAAGAGGAAGAAAUACAAGUGCCGGUAACCAAAUGUCAGGCGGAGGAGGAUACCAGAACAGUUACGGAGGAAGAGGUAGAGGACAAAAUCGGAAACCUGGGAUGCCCACUUUUCCCGUCAAUGCUAGGAAGAAUCAGGUGAAUAAAAAGCGGAAUACCAACAAAUCUAACAAGGGGCAAAAGCAACAGGGUGUAGCUUUGACGGUUAAAACUGAUAGCGGUGACGUACCGGUAAGUGAUGUGGUAAUAGCAGAAGACGGUACCACCGGAUCGGGAGGGAAAAAAGAAGACUGCGCCGAGAGCGUCGAACAUAAAGGACAAGGAGACGCUCCGUGUAAAGUCGAACCCACCGAUUAAAUUUUCCAAACCUCCCCAUUUUUUUUUCUUUUUUCGUUUGUUAUUUUUUUUCAAAUCGCGAGUGAACAGAACGCUAACGAGUGCAUGUUUAAUUUUUUUUAUUAUUAUUUUUCUUUUAUUAUUUAAGUAGGUUUAAACACAGACGCUUUGAAAUAAAUGGUAAAUCGAUUUAUGAAGUGAAAGACAUUUUUUUAAUUCGAUUGUAAUCGAUUUAAAUUGAAUGUAAACAAAAAAGUAACUCAUCAAUAACGUAAAAAAUCGUCGAUUAGUAGCAAGAACGUCGUAUCUCCGAUUCGGAGUUGCGACUUUGUUGCUCGUAUUAACGAUAUCGAUAUACUGAAAUAGGCUUUAUAUGAAAACAAAUAGUCAAGUCGUUUGUGGUUAAACGACCGGACAAAAGUAAAUUAUUUGAUUUACUUUUUUGUUAUAUAAAGUGCUAACAGACAUUUUUUACUACAGGGUUAGAGUAAAAAGUAUUUUAGAAGGUGUCACUGCUGCUCGAGUCCCGUGUUCAAAAAGUAAGGACUGAUUUAUUCGAGAGCUUUGUAUAUUUUUCUAUGUUUGUUACGACUGUUAUAUAAUUAUAUAUUGACUGAAGAGGGCGCUGUGAGCGUCGCUGUGAUCAUAUUUAUGGUAUUUAUAAUACGUUUUAGAAAGAUCUAUCGAUAAAGGCGCUAUUGAGAUUUAGCGACGUGAAUGAUGGUGUUUUUUUUUUUCUAAAAGGAUGGUUCGCUAUAUAUAAUAUAUACACACAACAGGCAUUUAUAAAAAUUUUCUUUUGAUAAGAAACGAUGACAUAUAUACCGAGAGAGUUGAAAUAUACAGAUUUCAACUUUAAAACCCCCCUUACCCCAAUAAAAAAAAAACUAUUUAUCCGCGACGGUACCGCUUCCCGGAUAAAGGAAUUGCCCAAAUUUGUGCGAUUGCGCAAAACAGUAAAUGAUUUUACAUAAUCUACUCGAUGAUAUACAUCGAGGUGUAUAAUUGCCGCGCUCUUGUUGCUCAUGGAGAGACGAAUACAGCUUUCGAAAUGGAACUAAUUUUUUUUCGUACGAAAAAAAAAAAUGUAAUCUCUUUGUAACCACUUGAAUGGAAAUAAUACGAAGAAUCGACGAUGAUUCUCAUUUUCAUCGAACGAAAUAUAAAUUGCUUAUCCAAAAGUAAAACAAAUAUUUUUCUUAAUGGAAAAGGGGGAGGUGAAAUCGUACUGCGUAUGGCGAUCCGCUAGGAAAAUGACCGCGUUUCUGUUAAAACCAUAGAUCUACGUAUUUUGUUUAGAAAAAUUCGAUGGCGAUCGGGAACAAUUAUACAAAAAAUGUCGAAACCAUAGAUCUACAUAGAUUUACACGAGAUGUCCGAUGGAAAAUUAAAAAUUUCGAACGCAUUCUUCGGUGUUUGUACAAAAAUUAAUUGAAAACUAUAAAAUCCGCACGAUUUUCAAUGUCUUAAUGAAACCGUAGUGGUACAAAUAGUAAUUAGAAACUGUAAACUACGAGGUGCAAGUAAAAUGAGCAUUGUUCCCAAUGUUUUGAUCAAUCCUUACAUUUGAGUGAAGAUUAUUUGUUGGAACUGCAAGAAGAUGACGUCAAAUAGUAUGAAACCAUAGAUCUAAACCGUAUACUUUAAUUUCUAACGUGUCAACAUUAGAACGAACCAUAGAUCUAUACACCUGCGAGUACCACAAUUGGUAUAUUACCAUAGAUCCAAAUUUCGCUUCAACAAAACGCGAUCUAAGAACAUUAAAAUCAGCAUGCGCAUAUUAGAACGAACCACAGAUCUACAACAUUACGAGUACUACUUCCCAAUAAUCCCAGAGAUCUAUCACCCGGCAAGUACUAACUGGUGUAUUACCGUAGAUCUACGUUUCGUUUCAAUAAAUGCGAUUUAACCUCAUUUUAUAAAACGAAUAUAUAAUAAUUCAAAUUCUAACGAAAUGUACCCAAAUAUUUAGAAAGUUUUGACGGUUUGUACAUCUGUCAAACCAUAGAUCUACAAGUGUAAUCUGUUGGUACCAUUUCGGAAUGCGUUAGGAGAACCGUGGUUAGGUUUCGAAGAAUUUUUUCCAAUAAUUUGUGAUGGGAAAACCAUAGAUCUACACCGGGGAACUAUAACAUUUCAAUAUUUGGCGGAUCGCCGGUUCGAUUGUCACCUCUUUCGAUAGUAGCUGUUUAAUGCCGUACCCCUACACUUUGUAGUUCAUAAAUUACAAUCAUUUAGCUCACAAUAUAGUGUAAUUAGAAAAAUUCAUCCGUAACCGGAUGUGAACCAUAUAUAAUCUUUAUGUUGUAAAAUUGGUGCUUUGAUUUUUUUGUUUUCGGUGUUCAUGUGUACAACGAAAUUUAGGUCAGAUUUCGAAAUUGAAAAAAAAAAUGUUGAUACGCCUUUUGUUUAUAUAUAGUCAAAAGGGGGUGUGAUGUCGAUCCUUCAAGAACAUAUUUUUUUUUUAAAUCGUUAUCUCAUCUUAAAUUUCGAAAGCAUUCAACAUAUAAAUAAUUUUCACUUUUUUCUGAUAUCUUUUGUUCUGUAUAAGUUGCUUUUUUUAGUUUAUCGUUAACUACGAGGGUUUACCAAAUAUUUGUAUUGUAACAUUUUUUUCUUAUAUCAAACGGUAACCUUCGCUUCAUUUUUUUUUUAAAAAAACAAACUUUAUAACUUAUAAAUAGUAUAAUCAAUGCUUAUUACAUACAUAUUUAGAAAUAUUUCGGAAAUGUAGCAGUAAAAAAAAUUUUUUUUCUAAUAAUAUUCUGGUUAAAACUCCUAACUUCUUCCGAGUGUUUUUUACUAGUUUUAAAACUAUAAAAAAAACGAUUAUUUAUUGGUUUCUAUCGAUUUAUUUCAAUUUAAUUGUGCAUUAAAUUUUCAAAAACCCCUCGUAUACUAAAACUACCAAAUCUUAUUUUAAAUACUUUUUUUUAUCGAUCCUAUAAAAUUUUCUAGGAAUAUUCACUAAAAAUUGAUAUAAAAUUAUUUUACUACGGGGAUAUAAGAAAAAUUGUAAUUAUUUAAAUUUAUAUAAACUUGGAAGUUGUUAAACGAUUUUAACUCUUAAUUUUUUUCUGUAUUCAAGUUAUGUACUUUUCGAUAUAUAUGUGUAUAAUGGCUCUAUGGGUCAAAGGGCAAACGUAACUAAAUAUUUAAAAGGUUAGAAAUAGUUAUGGUGAUUUUGGAAAACUUGGGACAAUAUCGCUCCUAUAUAUAUAUAUAUAAAUAUAUAAUUUUUAAUUUUUUUUUGUUCUUGAAGCUCUAUGCGCGUUUCAAGAUAUAAAUUAUGGAAAAAAAAUGACUUUGCUAAUCAAAAUGCUGUUGUCUUGAUGUUUAUUCUGAAAUCACAUGAUCCAGUGUCACUUUUUUUCUUAAUAAUUAUUCAAAUAUAAAAAACAAAACUACCGUUCAACUGUACGACAGUUUUUAUAGUCUAAUGGGCAAAAAGGAAUUAAAACAUGAAAUUUUGUAUGGAUUGCCAGACGGAUGUGGUUAAGACAGUUGAAAGAGUUUGUUUGAUAUAUAGUAUACAAUUGA